AUCCCCACGCGUCUCAUGAUUAAUUAUUGUUUUCAUGAGAAUCCGCGUGCGCAGGUGGUAUUCAAGGGUUAUCACCAAAGAAACAUGGCACAAAGGUUUCCUGUACCAAAUACAGGAAAUAAUGGCCCUCCACCACAAAGGUAUGCUGCAUCGUCUGUACCUCCUAAUUUACGGCAGUAUUCCAGCCCAAAUUUUCCUAUGCAGCAGAGAUCAGGAUUUACUCCUCCUCCACAAAUGGCUAACGCAGGUCCUGGACCAGCCAGUAUAAUAAGAGCCAAUCAACCAUAUUCGAACAUGCGUCAAGGACCUAUGCCGACUCCACCUGUUGGAAAAAGGAGUGCAGAUCAACGUAUUCCUAUGUCACAACAGAAACCGUAUUUUUGGAACAGUGAUUUUUCACAUUCCACGUCCAAGAAGAAGAAAAAGCUAGCAGACAAGAUAUUGCCACAAAAAGUGCGUGAUUUAGUGCCUGAAUCUCAGGCUUACAUGGACUUACUUGCAUUUGAGAGGAAAUUAGACGCGACUAUAAUGAGAAAGCGACUUGAUAUACAAGAAGCACUGAAACGCCCAAUGAAACAGAAAAGAAAAUUGCGAAUAUUUAUUUCGAAUACGUUCUACCCAGCGAAAGAGGCUGGGGAGGGUGAAGAAGGUUCGGUUGCAUCCUGGGAACUUAGAGUCGAGGGACGACUUUUAGAUGAUACGAAAAAUGAUCCUAAUAAAGUAAAAAGGAAAUUCUCUUCCUUUUUUAAAAGUCUAGUUAUAGAAUUGGAUAAAGAUCUAUAUGGACCUGACAAUCACUUGGUUGAAUGGCACCGUACAUUGACAACACAAGAAACUGACGGUUUCCAAGUGAAAAGACCUGGAGAUAAAAAUGUUCGAUGCACUAUUCUCUUGCUUCUCGAUUAUCAACCCUUACAGUUUAAGCUAGAUCCUAGAUUAGCCAGACUUCUAGGUGUACAUACCCAAACGCGACCUGUUAUCAUCUCUGCUCUUUGGCAGUACAUAAAGACACACAAACUUCAAGACAGUCACGAAAGGGAAUUCAUAAACUGUGAUAAAUAUCUCGAACAAAUAUUCGCCUGUUCAAGGAUGAAAUUCGCGGAAAUACCACAGCGUUUAAAUCCGUUGCUCCAUCCUCCAGACCCGAUCGUGAUUAAUCACGUUAUUAGCGUCGAAGGUACAGAAACGAAACAGACUGCGUGUUACGACAUAGACGUGGAAGUUGACGAUACGUUAAAAACACAGAUGAACAAUUUCCUGUUAUCGACCGCAAGUCAACAAGAAAUCCAGAGUCUCGACAACAAAAUCCACGAAACUGUCGAAACGAUCAACCAAUUGAAAACGAACCGAGAGUUCUUCUUGAGUUUCGCUAAAGAUCCUCAGCAGUUCAUCAACAAAUGGAUUAUCUCGCAAACGAGGGAUUUGAAGACCAUGAUAGAUGUUGUUGGCAACCCAGAAGAAGAGCGCAGAGCAGAAUUCUAUUAUCAACCGUGGGCGCAAGAAGCAGUGUGUAGAUAUUUCUACACGAAGGUUCAACAGAAACGCGCAGAAUUGGAACAGGCACUCGGUAUAAGAAAUUCAUAAGUAUUAUCGAAGAGGCUUCGCUACAGUGUAAGAAGUAAUUAUAUCGAACAAAAGAAAUUAUUAAAUAAGUUAUUAAUAAAGUAUUUGUUUAAACAAAAUUUCUUAUUUAUUAUAUGUUAUUUCAAUUUUAUCUUAAUCAAAAGCUGAAUAUUUUAGAACAAUGACUAAAGUAAUUAUAGCAGACAAAGUAAAAAAUUGGUUAACGUAUAUCUUAUCUCAUAAUAAUCAUUGCUUAAAAUCUUUGUUAAUAAUUUAUUCCAACUAAGCGAUGAGAUGUUGAAAGAUUUAAAAUCGUAUAUAUUAAUUUAUUUCCAUCCUUAAUAGAUUGCCUUUUUCAUAUAAUUACUUCGCAUACUGUAUGUAAAGUAUUUAUAUAAAUUUUUCUCUUGUUCCAAUUGCAAAAUCGAUCGAUUAACGUGUCUUACGCUUCAUUCACAAUGCAGUGUCACUGUGACAUUAUAGUACGAGUGACAUAUUUUUACGAAUAAGAAAUGAUGUAUAGUAAUCAUAGAGGAAUCUCAUGGAUAACAGAUUUAUUUAGUACGAAUACGUAUAUCGACCUCGUAUAUCUUUAUUCAAGCUAGUUUUUCAGAAGUCUUUUCUAUGAGGAUAUGUAUCGUAAUCCGCUACCGCGUAUUAUAAAUGCGAGAAACUUCUGUAUAAUAUAACGAAUAAACCUUUGAUAUAA